GUUUUAGAACAAGAACCUCAAGCUUUUAAUCGUGCGAAUGCAGUAAAAAAUUUAAUUAAUGAUCGUCAGUUCUGGAUCGACAUCGAGCAAUUGCGAAAUAUUCUUGGGCCAGUGAAACGGGCCCCAGUUUCGGCAUGA